AUGCCAUGCGCUAGUAGCGGCUCUACAAAGCAUCCACGAGACACUGACAGAGACAUCUACGGAAUCCACGGCGAUAUCAAGCCCGAGAACAUUCUGUUGUUUAAUCACCUGGACAAACCACUGGGUAUCGGCACGUUGAAGAUUGCCGACUUUGGCCUCACAGAGUUUCAUAGGCUCACAUCGCGAACGCGGUCGUUCAAUCAUGGUUCCGAUGCUCGACAGCCUGCACCUACCUAUGAAGCGCCCGAGCUUGUGCAGCUUGGGGAAGUGUACUCCAGGAAGGCUGAUGUGUGGGGCCUGGGCUGCGUCUUCUCUGAGUUCUUGACUUGGGUUGUUCGUGGGCACUUGGCUGUAGGGGAAUUUGGACAAGCCCGUGCUAUGGAAAGAGAUUGGGACGACUCUAAGGAGCGGUUCCGAUGGGCAGAAGACAAGUUCUUUGUGGCAACUUAUAAUGAUGGCGGAGUUCCUGGAGCGGUUCGAACUUCUCUGAAACUUGCCGUGGACAAUUGGCUUGAUGAACUCUAUCAAGAAUUAAAGACCGAGGAACCAAACUUCCUCACAGACUUUCUAGACCUACUAGGGCAUAAGGUCCUCGUGUGCGAGAGAGACAACAGAAUCAGCUGCGAAAGGCUGGUAAUGGAACUGGAAAAGUUCGCUUCCAGAGCCGGCGAAAGCCGGUCAGAUGAUCCUUACUGGAGGCCACCUUUACCAUCAUUCCGACAAGGAUCUCCGAAACGAGGAGAGGCUUCCAACGGCAUCACUGGACGGCGGGUGGCCUUUGCUCAUCAAUCUUCUGCCAGCUCGGACAGCUGGAUAUGUGUCGAUGAUACCAGCGUACGAUCUGGUACAACUGAGUAA